UUAUAGCUAAAGCUCUUAUGUCCCUCUCAUUUCUAAGGCUCUCUUGCACUUACUCAAAACAAACACCAUGAACACACCAACGAAAAUCGACACAAGAAGCGCAAAACCUGCGAGAACAACAAAAAGCCACAAAAAAUUUUACAGCCCAAGGAAAAUCUCUCAUUUGUUUCCACCCAAGUUAUGGCUUUGGAUUGGCUUCUCCGGCCAGUUUUUCUUGUGUUCAUCUUGAUUUUCAUACUCCAAUUUACUUCUACGUCAUCGAAAUCCGAUUCUGAAACCUUGAUUAAGCUAAAGAAUUCUUUUACCAACGCAAGUGCUCUUAGUUCUUGGGUACCUGGAUCAGCUCCUUGUGGAGGAGACGCUCAGUGGAAAGGACUUCUUUGUAGCAAUGGCAAUGUCAUGGGUCUUCGCCUUGAGAAUAUGGGUUUAUCGGGAAAAAUUGAUGUUGAUGCAUUGGUUGAUAUUUCGGGACUCAGAAGUGUAAGCUUUGAACAUAAUUCUUUUUCGGGUUCGAUUCCUGAAUUCAAUCGUUUAGGUUAUUUGAAGAAUAUAUACUUGACAGGAAACCAAUUCUCGGGCGAGAUCCCAGCAGAGUUCUUCUCGAAAAUGCAGUCCUUGAAGAAAGUUUGGCUUGCGAAUAACAAGUUUUCGGGAAAAAUUCCACCAUCAGUCAUUCACUUAUCCAAUCUUAUUGAAUUGCAUCUUGAAGAUAAUCAGUUCAGUGGGGCUAUUCCACCUGUAAUGCAAUCAAAAUUGACAUCAUUCAAUGUGUCAAACAAUAAGUUAAGUGGGGAAAUCCCCGAUGGUUUAGCCAAAUUCAGCAAGAGUUCCUUCGAGGGAAAUGCUGACCUUUGCGGAGAGAAGAUUGGUAAAGAGUGUAAUGCCGCGACUGAAGCAGUAGCACCAGGGGUCUUUGCAAAAACCAUUCCUAUGAAUAUUUCUAAGAACGAUGCUAGUAACUUUAUGAAGAGAGGUGCAGGGAUUAUAACAUUGGCUGUCAUGUUGCUUUGUGUUGCAGCUGUGAUAAUAUUUAAAAUGAGGAGGAAAGAAGAUGAUUUAGAAGCUGGUGUACAAAACAAUACUGAUGAUGAGGCAGUUGAGGCAGUAGAAGUGCAAAUUUCGAUGCCAGUUAGACAGAAGGAAAUGGAAUUAACCAAAAAACCAGGAUCAACUCGCAAAGGACCUAGUAGUGCCAAAGGCGGUGUAGGUGAAUUAGUAGUUAUGAAUAAUGAAAAGGGUGUUUUUGGGCUAACAGAUUUGAUGAAGGCUGCUGCAGAAGUGCUUGGAAAUGGGGGAUUGGGAUCUUCAUAUAAAGCUCUGUUGGCUAAUGGUGUGGCAGUGGUGGUUAAGAGAUUGAGAGAAAUGAAUGCAUUGGGAAGAGAUGGAUUUGAUGCAGAGAUGAGAAUGCUUGGAAGGCUAAAGCAUGCUAACAUUUUGCCACCAUUGGCUUUUCAUUUUCGGAAGGAUGAGAAGCUGUUGAUCUACGAGUACAUACCUAAAGGAAGUUUGCUUUAUUUGUUGCACGGUGACAAGGGAGCCUCACAUUCUGAGCUCAAUUGGCCUACCCGUCUCAAGAUUGUCCAAGGAAUUGCUAGAGGGUUGGGUUAUCUUCAUACUGAACUUGCUUCCUGUGCCUUACCCCACGGCAAUCUCAAAUCAAGCAAUGUCCUCCUUAGUCCUGAUAAUGAACCAUUGCUUUCAGAUUUUGGAUACAAUACACUGGCCAACCCCUCAGUUGUAGGACAAGCUCUAAUUGCCUAUAAGGCCCCAGAAGCUACACAAUUUGGGGUAUCUCCUAAAUGUGACGUAUACUGUUUAGGACUAAUCAUUCUUGAAAUCCUCACUGGAAAAUAUCCCUCUCAAUAUCUUAACAAUGGCAAAGGUGGGAUUGAUCUAGUCCAAUGGGCGGAAACUAAAAUUUCUGAGGGGAAAGAAUACGACAUGCUUGAUCCAGAAAUUGCAAGUUCCUCAAAUUCAGUUGGGGAGAUGAGGCAGCUUAUCCACAUAGGAGCUCUUUGUGCUGCAAGUAAUCCUGUGCAACGGUUAGAUCUAAGAGAAGCUAUUCAAAGGAUAGAGAUGAUAAAAUUGGAGAGUGUAGCAGUGGAUUCGAGAACUGUACAAUUUCUACCAUCACUUGGAGAUGGACAUGCAGAUGCUCCACAGUUCAAUGCGUCUAGUAGUCCUCAAGAUGGUUAUGUUCAAAACUCUACAAAGGGAUACGGAUCAUAUAGCUCUAGUGAUAGUGAACUAUUUUCCUUUGAUUCUCCUAACUCAAACUUAGGCAAUGACAAAGUGAAAUGAAUAUCACACGACAUGAUCAUCAGUUUCCGUAGCAGCAUCUGCAAAAAGAAUUCUAUGCAGCAUUCUGGGGAUUUCGCGCAUGAGAAAACUUGCAAAGGCAAUGAUCAUAUACAUGUAGCUUAAUCACGUAACUUGUCUUUGUAACUUAUAAAACUUUUCAUGAACAUGUUGUACAUAUUGUUCUGGGUAGCAGUGACCACUGCCAACCUACUAAUCAACUUUCAUAGCUUGUUUAGACUAUGAAUGAUCGUUUCAAUUCAUUAAUAAAGAUAGCCAAUUGUAUUAACUUGUAUAUGUAAAAU